AUGAAGCCAAGGCGCGUCGGUAUGGCAAGGGGCUAUGAGGAAAUGGAUGGAGCGAACGUUCCUCGUCCACCCGGCUCGACGGCAACGGUUGGUGGAGCUGCGAACGGCGCUGACUCCUUAUCGGGAGGGGCUAGCUCACCCCAAUCACCGGUGUCUCCUCCCGUCGGUUCGAUGUUGGCUGGUGCGGCACCGGAAUUCGAGCUCGCCUCCGUCAGUGUGGUGCCGGAUGAUACGUACACCGUGACACAAGCUGUCAAUGCGCUCGGUUUCGGAUGGUUCCAGGUGAAGCUGUCCCUCUGCGUGGGGCUCUGCUGGAUGGCCGAUUCCAUGGAGAUGACCAUACUGAGCGUGCUCGGUCCGGCACUGCACUGUGACUGGGGUAUCUCGCGGUACCAGCAAGCGUUGGUCACGACGGUUGUGUUCUUGGGCAUGAUGCUUAGUUCCACCUUCUGGGGUCAUCUCAGCGAUCGAUAUGGUCGCAAACCGGCCUUAACGCUAUGUGGAGUGCUUCUGUUCCUGUACGGAUUGCUGAGCUCCGUCGCACCGAGCUUCGGUUGGUUGCUGUUGCUACGUGGACUGGUCGGAUUCGCCAUCGGAUGUGUGCCCCAAUCUGUCACACUGUAUGCCGAAUUUCUGCCGACGAAACAGCGGGCCAAAUGUGUCGUACUGCUGGAUUGUUUCUGGGCGCUGGGAGCAUGCUUCGAGGUAGCGCUUGCACUGGCCGUGACGCCGACACUUGGAUGGCGAUGGUUGCUUGGAUUGUCUGCCGCACCGUUGUUUAUCUUUGCCAUCAUCACACCGUGGCUACCGGAAUCGGCACGCUACCACGUUACCAGCGGCCAGAACGACAAAGCACUGAACACACUCGAGCAGAUCGCGAAGGACAACCGGCGACCGAUGCUGCUUGGCCGGCUGGUAGUGGAAGGACCGAGUGGAUCGCGCGGAAGCUUGAAGGCACUGCUCGGCAGCUCGCUAAGGCGCACCACACUGCUGCUGUGGUUCAUCUGGAUGUCCUGUGCGUUCUGCUACUACGGGCUGGUGCUGAUGUCGACCGAGCUGUUUGGCGGGAAGAACAAAACCAUCGUUGAUGGUGCGAUGACGGACGACGGAAUCACGAUCGACUGUCAGCCGCUGGCAACGACGGACUAUAUGGAUCUGCUGUGGACGACGCUGGCCGAGUUUCCGGGCAUUUUUGCGACGAUUUACGUGAUUGAAAAGUUUGGCCGCAAGAAAACGAUGGCGCUGCAGUUCCUUUUCUAUGCCGGAUGCGUCCUCAUGAUCACCGUCACUGAAGUACGCGUAUUCUUAACAAUAAUCCUCUUUAUGGCGCGCGGAGUCAUUGCCGGACUGUUCCAAGCGGCGUACGUCUAUACGCCAGAGGUGUACCCGACCGCGCUGCGAUCGGUCGGUGUUGGUGGGUGUUCGGCACUCGCACGCCUCGGUGCUAUGGCCACGCCGUACAUUGCGCAGGUCCUGUUUCAAUCGUCGAUCUGGAGCGCGGUGACCGUGUACGGCAUCUUUGCAGCGUGUGCCAGCGUGGCCUGUAUGCUGUUGCCGUACGAAACGCGCGGUGCUGAUUUGGCGCACUGAAUGAGAGAUUCAUGCGCCCUUCUUAGCGGGCGUUCUUGCUCUUUCUCAUACUCAUACCUAUCAACAGAUAUACCUCCAAAACGCAAAUACGGUGCACAAGCCACGUGUAGUGGAAAUAUCCGCGCGAUUCGACGGAACUGUUCUGUGUUGUUUCCUUGUUUGUGUGUGUGUGUGUGCUAAGACUAGCUAAGAGAGAAGGAGAGAAAGAGGGUUAAUGUUUUGCUCUGCUAUACGUUGUAUAUAACUUCUCGCCUUAUAAUCGUCCAGUCGUUUUGUAAUGAAUAGUUAUUUAUGCAUCUAUUUAUUUACCAAUCAAAUUAUACAAUAACAAGCUUAAACACCGGUUGCGUCUUUCGUUUAUAACGAUA